AUGAACGGAGACUCUUUUCGUGAUUGGUUGCAAGGUGUUUUGCCCGGAGUUGAAGAAAACGCUGUUAUCGUGAUGGACAACGCUCCUUACCACUCGGUAAAAACGGAGAAAUGCCCAACAACAAGCUGGAGAAAAGCUAACAUAAUUGAGUGGCUCCAAAACAAAGGAGAGGUAGUCGACAAAACAAUGAACAUUUUAGAAUUGUUAGAGGUUGUCAAGAAAAUCAAACCAUUGUACAAUAAGUAUUUUAUCGAUGAGAUGGUCAAAGCUAAUAAUAAAAUUGUCCUCAGAUUACCUCCUUACCACUGUGAGCUUAACCCUAUUGAGCUUGCAUGGGCUGCAGUGAAAAGAUAUGUGAGAGACAACAACAAAACAUUUAAACUACCAGAUGUCAAAACAUUACUUGAAGAAGGGGUGAACAAAAUUGAUGGUGAUAUGUGGAAAAACUUUAUUCGACACGUGAAAAAGGAGGAAGAAAAAGCUUGGGAAUUGGAUAACGUGGUCGAUGAUGUUAUGACUGCAGAGAACCAACCAUGCGUUCUAAUCGUAGGCAAUAGCGAAAACGACACGGAUGAAAAAUCAGACGACGAUGAAGACUUUAGAUAUUUAUCAGACAAUUCAGACACCGAUUAA